AUGCCUAUCUCCGGUCCCACGCUCAGUCCCGAGGAGUAUGCCCACGCCGACCACUCCUCUCGCGCGAAUAUGCUCCUCUCCGCCCAGUGGUCGCUAGUCAGCUUCGCAGCCGCCUUCCUCGCCUUGCGCAUCCACGUCAAAAUAAGCUUCAAGAAGGGGCUUUGGUGGGACGACUGGCUGCUCAUCGCCUCCUGGAUAGUCUGUGUCGUCGUAUGCAUCCUUACAACCAUCCUCAUCAAGGAAUUCAGCUUGGGCCACCACACCUACGACAUCGUUGUCCCCAAUAUCCCCAAGUGGAUCAACAUCCUCGACUCCCGUGCCACAUGCGUCAACACGGCGUUUGCGUGGACGAAGACGGCCUUUGCUGUGACCUUAUUGAGGCUGACGAUGGGAAAGACGAAGGCGUUUGUGUGGUUUCUGAUUAUUACGCUGAAUAUCGCUCUGGGGUUUAGUGCGAUGGCGCCAUGGAUUCAGUGUCAGCCGGUGGCGAAGAGAUGGCAUAUCGAGUUAGAGGGGCAGUGUUGGUCGCCGGAUGUGGUGAUUCACACUUUUAUGGUGACCAGCGCGCUGAGCUCGUUGUAUGAUUUCAUUUUGGCAUUGUUGCCCUGGACUUUUCUCUACACGCUUACGCUGAGGAAGAAGGAGAAGGUGGGCAUUUUGGUGGCGAUGAGUAUGGGUGCUGUGGCUGGCGCUUUGGGCAUCGUUAAGUGUGUGAAAACGCCCGCUCUGGGGACUGAAGAUGACUAUAAUCUGGCCCCCCUAUUCAUCUGGGAUAUUGCCGAGGCCUGUGUCACUCUCAUCGCCGCCUGCAUUCCGACCCUCCGCGUCUUACUCCGCGACAAGACCUCUUCUGGGACCUCCGACGAGCGCACCACCCGCUUCUCUCAGUUCUCGCUCUCAUUCCGCACUGUCAACCGCGGUCGCCUCAUGUUUGACACCCAGAACAUCGAAGUCAUACGGGAGCAUAGCCUCGAGAAGGGCGAGGCCUUCACAGUGAGCAGGACAAGCAGAGACGGGAGUGCGGCCGGGAGUGGGAGACCUGCGGUUGCGGAGAAAACAGGAUAG